AUGUUGGCCACUCGACCCCUUCUUUCGCUCAGCCUUGCUAGCCGCUCGGUCGGCCGCGUCGGCCUGCGCUCCGCCGGCGCCCUCCCCACCAUGGCGCUCCGAUCCAACUUGGCCGCCGCCCCUCGAUUCAUGUCGACGUCCAACAAGUCGAGCGCAAACGCACCUAUGACGAAGCUCACCCAGCAGCAGAACUUGGACUUGCUGAAUGAGCAGCGCGCACAGCGCCCCUCGAGCCCGCAUUUCACCAUUUACCAGCCGCAGAUCACUUGGUAUCUGUCGAUUAUCAACCGUAUCACUGGUACCGGUUUGAGUGUUUUGAUGUACGCCUACUUCUCGGCAUACGCAGGCUUCCCGCUCUUCGGCUCAGCUGAGGCGCUCUCGUCCGCCUCGCUCACCGACUUUGUCGCCACGCUCCCCGCCUGGUUCAAAACCGCCGUCAAGGUGCCCCUCGCGCUCGCCUUCACCUUCCACAGCUUCAACGGCCUCCGCCACUUGGCCUGGGACUGGGGCUACGCCCUCACCCUCAAGGGCGUCUACUCGACUGCCUACGUCGUCAUGGGCGCCACCGCCGUCUCCACCCUCGCCCUCCUCUUCAUUUAA